AUGGACCCUUGGGGGCAGGAGCCCUGCCCCCAACUGCUCUUCUCUCUAAUCACCCUUCUUCCUGGGACUACCUUGCCCAUAUAUGUCGGGCCUACGUCAGAGCAUGCAUGCCUCGUGUUACUGCCAGUCUUCCUCCUUGGCAUAGCCUGCCUGUCAGCAGCGCCAUUGGCUGGGUCGAGGAGUGGAUGGGGCUACUUCUACAAGGAGGGCAUGGACUCAAUCUAUCUGCGCGACCUCACACUGAGCAACUGGACGCAUUACAUUCAUAUCGGCUAUAAUGAGGAUAACUUCGAGUAUGGGAACACUACUCAGCUGGUCGGCGGCUACACAGCCGGCUACCUGUUACUCUCCUGCCUGACAGCGCUCGCUUAUCUAGGCCUGUGGCUGCGCUGCAUCGUCUUGAUCAGGCGGCAGGAGCGGGGGGACCCGGAGCGGGGGGAUCCGGUGCCGCCAGCGACGGGGGGACCCGGCCGGACCGGGACUGGGGGGACCGCGGGGCGGGAAUAUAAACGCGAAAGCCUGAUCCGGCCGCUGGGGCCGUGGCUCUGGCCUGUUGCCCUCGUGCACACUGUGCUUCUGGCGGUAUUGGUGAUAGCCUUCUUCCUGCUGAUGGACGCAACGACCGCAUACCAGACGACAUAUGUGGCGCCGGGAGAGGUGUGCCACGUGGCGCCAGCGUGGGCAUGGUGGUGUGCCAUGUCAGCAGUCUUCGCGUGGCUAACUGUCUCCUUCAUAGCGGGGAUAGAGGCGUUCCAGCAGGGCAGAGAGGACCCGUCAGAAGGCGUUGUCCUGCGCAGCCCGCAACCGCCGCGGCCGCCGCGCCAAUGCCCUAGCCGUACGACCCCCGGGUCGUUAGCGUAG